CCCCUGCCCUUGGCGGGGUCCUGGGGCGCGCAGGCGCGGCUCCGUGGCGGCGGAGGGAGCCGCGAUGGAGGGCGCGCUCGCUGUCCGCCAGGUAGCAAGUAAAGGGGAGUCAAGAACUGCCACUGAGUCACAGGAAGAGGGAGAGGAACUUCCCAGUCUCGCUGUGGGGGAAAACGCUGCCACAGUGUCACCGAAAAAGCAGGGAGUGACUCUGCAUAACUGGAGUGCUGACUGGAGCUUUUGGAUUUCAAGUUGUACUUAUAAAGACAGAAGUGAGGAAUACAAACGACAGUUUACACAUCUUCCUGAUACAGAGAAGCUGAUAGCAGACUAUGCUUGUGCUCUUCAGAAGGACAUUUUGCUUCAAGGACGACUCUACCUUUCAGAAAACUGGCUAUGUUUCUAUAGCAACAUCUUCAGAUGGGAAACUGCAAUUUCGAUUGCUUUAAAGAAUAUAACCUUUAUGACCAAGGAGAAAACGGCUCGACUCAUCCCAAAUGCUAUCCAGAUCAUUACAGAGGGUGAAAAGUUUUUCUUUACAUCAUUUGGUGCAAGAGAUAGAAGUUACCUCAGUAUCUUUAGGUUGUGGCAGAAUGUGUUAUUAGACAAGAGCCUGUCCAGACAGGAAUUCUGGCAGCUGGUCCAGCAGAACUAUGGCACUGAGCUAGGCCUGAGUGCUGAAGAGAUGGAAAGCUUGUCACUGUCAAUUCAGGACAAUGGGCAAUCAAGAACUCCAGGAAGAAGCAGUUUGGAUGACUCCGGGGAAAAAGAUGAAAAAUUAUCCAGAUCCAUCAGUUUUACUCGUGAGUCAAUUAACCGAGUUUCAGAAACAGAAUCCCUGGAUGGAAAUUCACAAAAAAAGGGGUUGGGGAAAGAAGAUUCUCCAAAUGAGAAGCAGGUCAGAAAGAGUCCCCUACUAACUUCAGAAAAGAGGUUAAUUAGAGUCCCAUCAAAAGCCCUGGACUUGAAUAAAAAUGAGUACCUUUCCUUGGACAAAAGCAGCACUUCGGAUUCCAUUGAUGAAGAAAAUAUUCUUGAGAAAGAUCUUCGUGGAAGACUUUACAUCAACCGUGUUUUUCACAUCAGUGCGGAGAAAAUGUUUGAAUUGAUUUUCACCAGCUCACGCUUCAUGCAGAGAUUUUUCAAUUCCAGAAAUAUAAUAGACAUAGUAUCUACUCCUUGGACCGUGGAAGCUGGAGGUGAUCAGCUGAGAACCAUGACCUACACUAUCGUCCUUAACAAUCCUCUUACCGGGAAAAGCACCAGUGCCACCGAGAAGCAGACUCUGUACAAAGAAAGUCGAGAAGCACAGUUUUACAUGGUAGAUGCGGAAGUCCUGACACAUGAUGUUCCCUACCAUGAUUACUUCUACACCGUGAACAGAUACUGUAUUAUUCCAUCUUCAAAACAGAAGUGCAGGCUGAGAGUUUCUACAGAUAUGAAAUACAGAAAGCAUCCAUGGGGCAUUAUCAAAUCUCUUAUUGAGAAGAAUUCCUGGAGUUCAUUAGAGCACUAUUUCAAACAACUUGAGUCGGAUUUGUUAAUGGAAGAAUCUGUGUUGAAUCAGUCCAUUGAAGAACCUGGAAAACUUAGUGGCCUGCGAAGGAGAAGGCGAACAUUCAACCGGACAGCAGAAGCACCCCCUAAACUUUCUUCGCAGCGUUCUUCUGGAGAUGUAGCCUUUGAGGCCAAAGGGGAUCUCACAGGAAGGAAGAAGGAAGUGGAAGACUACAGCACCGCCCUGGUGGUGGUGAUGAGUAUUUUUUUGCUGUUGCUAGUUUUGCUCAAUGUGACACUAUUUUUGAAACUGUCCAAGAUAGAACAUGCUGCUCAGUCGUUUUACCGGCUCCAUCUCCAAGAAGAAAGAUCUUUAAAUUUAGCCUCUGAUGUGGUGUCAAGAGCAGAAAAUACUCCAAAAAGCAAAGAUCAAGCCCAUCAUUUAAAAGGAGUGCUCCAAGACUCCAUAGUGAUGCUUGAACAGUUGAAGAGCUCCCUUGUGAUGCUUCAGAAAACUUUUGAUCUACUAAAUAAGAACAAGACUGGUACGGCUGUGGAAAGCUAGUGAUCUGAAGGCCUGCAACUGCUGACAGCUUGACACUCAGAACAUCCUGCAAGACAAACAGAGGGUGAAGGACUUUAAUGGUCGUGGGAACAUUGCCAUGUUUUCUCCUUACUGAGAUUUCUAGUGUUUCUAAGUCUUUUCAAAAACAUUUGUUUGAUAAUUAGACGAUUCACUUCUCACAUAUUUCUUUUUAUAUAAACAGAC